AUGCGUCGCAUACUUGAAGCGGCUCCUCCAGCGGCAUUAGUACUUAACCAAGAAAGUCCGUCUGCCGGCGGCCACUCCUCAUCCGCCAUAUUCUUCUUCCUGGCAGGAUUGAUUGUGCUUCUACUUUUGGUGAUUCUUGCAUUUGUUUUUCGGAAAUUUAUCAGACCAUCACAUUUGAAAAAAUUGAUAAAGCGUAAAGACAGCAACAAAGCUGGAAAAGAUUAUCUCAGUGGGAAUCUUCGGACAAUAAGCUAUUUUAGCUUCCAAGCAUUAAAAAAGGCGACCAAGAAUUUCCAUGAGUCUAAUCUUCUUGGUAAAGGUGGAUUUGGGCCUGUUUAUCUUGGUAAAUUAGAAGAUGGGGCUGCUAGUUGCUAUAAAGAAAUUGGCUCUUGA